CUGAACUUUUUUACAGUCAGUUUCAGAAAAUAAAUGAAAGGUGAUGAAAAGUGCAAAAAAUCGUAUUCGUCUGGGAUUUAUUCCCUUGAUCGUGAUCCUGUUAACUCCAGGUUGUCUAUCCUCAACCUUCUCCAACCAGCAUAGGAGAAGUGAGGAAUUUAAACCCAAGAACGUUGAUCAUAGUUGGACAAAAGAAUUUUUGUUCCCAGAUCAACUGCCGAGAGUAAAAAAACAGUUGAGUAUUCAUGUACCUGCGGUAGUGAAACUUGACCAGUCUGCUGUAAACUUAUUUAUUCCCAGUGGAUGUGGAGACAAUGCUGAUUAUUGUGAGGACGCUUUAGAUUAUCCAGAUGCUCAAUAUAUCAAGCAGAUUGUCAAGAACAGAACUAGUUCUCUAGAAGCUGCAGUACUCUUUAAUCCUCUUAAACCCCAACGUAAUGAAAUACUGGUUCCAAACAGAGCAGCAGUUCCAUUAGGAACAUUUGACAGAGUUGACCAAGAAGGACAAGGACAAUCUAGGCUAAGACCAGGAGUAGUUGAUCAUAUAUUUACUGAUGAGUCUAGUAUCCAGCUACCCAAAGAGUCUACAGAUCUUAUUCAAAACAGUGAAGGGAAAGCAAACUUUGAGUAUAUAGAGGAGGUUCCUGUAUGUGAUUCAGCUACUAGUUAUGUGUACCCUAGAACAGCUAGAAACAUUAACCAGGAGUGGAGAUUUGUAGUAAACCUGCCUGGAGAAGACGGUGAUAAUUAUGCACAGGCAGUCAAGGUUGAGAAAUGUGUGAAACCUGGUGACUCCUGCAACCUCUUCGAAGGAAUGGGGAGUAGGACAGUGUGCAGGCAGAAGUACAGUUAUAAGAAGAUGUUGGCUCUAUCAGAUACUGGACAGCAGUAUAUAGACUCAUUCAGAUUCCCUUCUUGUUGUGUUUGUUACUCUAAAAAGGUGUUUGGUAAUGGUUACGCAGGACUUGAGCUGCUCAGAACGGAAGAGAAGACCACUAAUCUCUUCCAAGAACCGACCGGUGACUUCACCAACACCGUGAGAGAUAUUGAGGCUCAGGUAGAAUCCACUACUGAAGCAGGAGAUGAUCAAGAUGGACUUGAUUACCAAGAAAUUACAACAGAUAUUUCGGGAUCCAGGAAAAGGAGAGGAGGGAAUAACAGCAAGAGAAGAAAUUAACACUCAAAUUUUAAGUCUCGACGAUUUCCUAGAAUUCGUUUAGUCAAAUAUCUCAUUUUUUGUAAACCUGGGAAAUGUUUAGGGAAACUUAAAAAGUUCUUUCUCAAAAUAACUCUCACAUUUACUAAUAUUUUCAGUACACUGUAAAUUUAAUUAAAGCUUAGUAAUUAAUUAUAAAGCUGUAUCUUCAGUAGGCGCUCAGCCCAGAAAAUGUCUGGAUUUAAACCUAACCCCAAACCAUAUACAAAAACUAGAUCUGGACAUUUAAAUUGAAUUCUAGGAAUGAGCCUACCUAUUUAUAUACCUGUAUAAUACUAAAUAAAUUCAUUAAAUUAUUAA